CAGCUGGUCGAGGCAUCAUCAGGCACCGCGUCCGAUCGCGAGCAGCAGGCCUCAGCAGGGGCACCGCGUUAUAACACCUCAACGGGGACUAUGAAAAUGUUUCUUUAUGCUAUUAGCCAAGAAUUGCCUAAUAUUUGCUCUCGUGCAUCAGCUCUACAUCAAGACUGAAGUAUAAAUACACCAGGAAUCAGCUGUGUCGUGGCGCGGCGCGGGGAGGUCAGCGCCAGGCACCACUGAGCACCAGCUGAGUGCCUGCCUGGCCCAGCCCUGGCAUGGCACUGGGCGAGGGGGCGGGGAGAGACGACAGCACCAAGGGAGGCGUGACUUAAGCUUCUUGUGAGCAUGCUAAGCCACACACGACUUAAACUGUGUGUGGUAUUGGCGGCGGUGUGUUGGUCGCUGCUGCUCAUCUAUGUCCUGUCUUCCCUGAGAGGACAGCCGGGUGGUCCAGCCCAGGCUCAGAGACACUUGGAUGCUUUGAAGGAAGCUGGAAAUACAGCACUCACUCAUGUGGCAAAAAGUCAGGGAUUGCUGAGUGAGUUCUUGCAGCAUGCAUGGCAGGGGAACCAUUCCCACAGCCAGCCACCAGGCAAACUUAGGAACAAUGCUGCACUCAAACCUACUUCAGGUGUUAGCGAGGCUGCGAGAGUGGUGGUGUCUGGUGAUAUGGACAGCCUGCUAGGGGUGGUGGCCAUGAUGAACAGUGUGACCAGCAACACACAGCACCCUCUCCACUUUUAUGUCACCCUGCCCAGUGCCCUCAUAUCUCACUUCAAGAAGUGGGUGUCCCAAACCAAGCUGCACAGCACCAGCUUCACUGUGAAGGCCCACCCACCUCAAGUACCACCUGGAAGACCACAUUAUGCCAAGGUCUUCAUCAGCCAUAUAUUCCCUCAACUCAAGGGCAGGUUCAUCUACCUUGACCCUGAUGUCAUUGUGCAAGGUGAUAUAACAGAACUUGUGAACACUCCCAUCACUAGUAACCUGUUUGCUGCCUUCACAAAGGACUGCACAUCCACCCUCAAGCGUGUCAACCUCCCCCACCUUUUACAUUAUUCCUCCCGGCUCAACUUUGAGCACCCAGCCAUCCAUGCCCUUAGGAUCCACCCCAACACUUGCGCCCCCAACACUGGUGUCUUUGUGAGUGAGGCACACCUGUGGGCCAAUGCCUCACAGCAGAUGCAAACUUUGAUCAGUAGCAACACCAAAACUGAGCCAAUCCACUCUGCCACGGUUGAUGAGGGGGAAGCAGCCCUCUUGGCAGUGGUGUACGGCCACGUCGCCCCCUUGCCUCGGGCCUGGCACCUCCCAGACCUGGGUGCAAGGGCUCGAGUCAGCUACUCCACACGCUUUGUUAAGUCUGCCAAGCUUCUCCACUGGAAUGGCCAUUUUAAGCCUUGGGGACGCAAGGCUGCCUUCUCUGAUCUCUGGCUUCGUUAUUACUUACCUGACCCAAGUGGCAAGUACAGGCCUGCUAGAUUAUCUCCCAACAUGAAUGCUUGAGCCAGCAGGCCUCAGUGUUAUCCAGUAGGUCUUAUAAUUUUUAUUUUUUUAUCAAGUUUGAUACUUGCCAUCACAAUGACUGUAUUCCAGUAUUGUACAUUAUUGUUUUAGGCCAGAACCUGGGCUGUCAUUUUGCUUUUUGAAUAUAGGGAAGCACUCAUCUAAUAUUCCAUUAUUGUAAGCAAUUUUUAAUAUAAGCAUAAAAUUAAAUUUCACAGUCAGGUAACAAUCCUUUUGGUUAGAUGACAUGCCAUAUGGUGCUGUAUUUUACUUAUUCAUUAGUUUUUAUAUAGAUAUAUAAUUUUCCCAGUUUCAGUUAUCUUUUAAACAUUACCAUGUUUUUUAAAAUGUAUUCUAUUACAUUUUAAAAAGCUGUUGAACUGAAAAGAAGCAGUGUAGGCUUAUAAAGUACAUCUACACUACUUGUUUGUUACAUCAGCAUUAAAAGACAUUCCUGUGGGUGAUACUGGUCAGCACGUGUUCACAGAGGGAGGGUCGGGCAAGGAAGAACAUGUCAUCCAGGCUGAGGGUCUUAAGCAAGGUGAUUGCUUGGAGUCUUGAUAAAAGCACUCACCUAGUACUUGUAUGCAAGAAAGGGCUAUAGGGAUUAAUGAAAGGCAUUUUAACAAUAUUCACACUUUUACUAAACAUUUGCAAGGUUUUUAAACAUGUGGCACAAAAAUCUGGUGGAAAUUAAGGCUCAAAGUAUGAAAAGGUGAAUGAUGUGGUGACAUAAGGAGGCUGUGAAAAGGAAUCAUCUUUCCUCAUAUAUAAAGCAAUGUAAAGCAACCAUUUGAUUGUCUGUGGUGGUGAUGCGCAAGUUGUAGCAGUGCUAAAAGGUUAAAUCCAACUCAGAUGAUAGAAAAGAACACAUUCUUGAACUCUGAAGCUACUAGCUGAAGAAAAUUCCACUAGCUCAUAAUAUGUAUUUCUAUAUUGUUUUCAUUACAGACAAAACCUACAAAUUUAUGAAGUAAAGAAUUCUUAAUGUUUAUUAUAGUUAUUGAUUUUGGGUCACUGCCCAUCCUGGCCAUGACACUUGCACUGAUCUUGAAAUUAUUGUAAAUAUUCUCUAAAGGACAAUCUAGAAUUGUUUAUACAUAUUGCUUUGCUGUUAAAUAAUUGAUUACUCUUGUCAAGAGGUUAAUUUAGGUGGUGUACUGUAAUUCCUUAAAUAAGUACACUGCAUCCACUUCAUAAAUUGAAGUUUGUUGCAAAUAUGAAUUGUUUAUGGGCAAUUUGUUUUUAAUUGUUAUAGUAGAUGUUUGGAAAAAUCUAUACAUGCUAAGUAUGCUAUGACUUAGAUGGGAUGUGUACUAGUGUAGAAUGUGUAAAGUUAAUUUGAACUUUAAAUAUUUUAUACAGGCAUUCUUUGUUAUAUUGCAGAUUUUUUUUUAUAAAAGUUUUAUUAUUUCUGAUAUCAAAAGUUUUAAAUAUUCUGAUAUAUAGUAAGAUAUUAAAAAAACUUUUUCCUCACAACUAAAUGCAUUGAACUCUAAUGCCCAUUAUAAAUACAUACUUAUGGUUCAUAAAGUUCAUAAUGGGUGCAAUUCAAAUUUUCAUGGACUGUACCCAUAAAAACCUAUGUAUACCUUGAAAUAAUCACCGUGGAGGCCAGACAGUGUUCCUCGCACCACUACCAAGUCUCAGAGCACUCAUGGAAUGUUUUUACAUAAGGCUGCCGAGCACUGCCUUCAAUUAGGCUUGGACCUAUUUUCUUUUCAUCAGGCUGUUGACUGCUGCCUUCAAGUAGAUUUGGAUCUAUUCAGUGUGAAAUCUCCUGCACUUAAGUCAAAAUCUUAUCUUCAAGAAAAGAAAAAAGUCAACGGGAGCCAAAUACAACAAGGAUGAAAGGUGGAGGAUGAUGACCAUUUUGUUUGCACAGGCAUAUUGUCAUAAUGCAGCACCCAUUAGUUUUUAUGCCAUUUCCUCUUUAUAUCUUCACACAAAUGCAUCAGGACCCCACAGGAAAAUCAGUAAUGGGCAUUUGACUUGUAAGGACUCUCUAUUGAUAAUCCCAUUCUGGUAAAAAAAGCAGAUAAGCAUUUCCCAUCCCAAGCAAUCCCAUUUCUCUUGACCUGCUUGCCUUCUUUGGUCAUGGUGAUGUUGAAGUCUUCCAUUGUAAAGGUCACAUUUAUGUUUCUGGGUUGUACCCAUGAACCUGCAUUGAUUCCCUAUAAUGAUAUUAGAGAGGACGUUGGGGUCUGUUCCUGUAAACUCUUUGAGCACCAGACAAAUAUAAAGUUGCUUCUGGCUCUAGUCAUCAGCAGGGAGUCUCGUCAUAAAUUUGUUGCAAUUUGUUGUUGUAUGGGGAGAUCAUCUGUAAGAAUCUAUAAAUAGGUACUGUAACCUAACUAAACAAUAUCAUAGAUGUCCUUGAUGGUACAAUGUACUAUCAACCUUCAUGAACGGUCAGCUAAACCUUUUCAAUGUUUUCAUUCAUUGUGUUUGAAGGUCAUCCAGAAAGCUCAUAAAUAGAAGGUUCAGCUCUUUCUAAAACUCAAAUGCCACUUGAAACUAUGCGUACGGCCCACUGCAACCUCCCCAUAUGUUUGUUUAAGCAUUUCAUGGGUGUCUAAAACACUUGGCAAGUCUAAAGCAAAGCUCAAUACACACACUUUAUUUGUGAAAACCUGCCAUUUCAAAUCAAUGAUGACAUGUGAGCUGUACUUAACAAAAUGCACGUAACAUUAAAACUUGUGCUCCCGACACCUUAUCUGAAGUGAUACUGAUGCACCAUUGACAUAUGUUGCCUGUCAUGGCAGUAGACACUAAUACUACAAACUGUUUGAGCCCCGGAGUGCUAGUCCAGAAAUUUUUGGAUUGCACCUUGUACAUAAACAAUACAGGAGUUCCAAAACUACAGAUUGUUCAGUUAAGGAUCAGAGGUGAAUGUGGGUGAGGGCUGGACAGCAACGGCAUCAGUGAGGAAUGUGAGCACUAUGAGACUUUCCAUUCAUUAUUUUUUCGCUUUUUCACCCAAGCAAGAAUGACUGACAACCAUAUUACAAAUUAAACCUGAUGGUAAUUGGGUUUGUGAUCAUCAUAGUGGAUGGGAUUAAUAUAAAUGCUAAAAUAAGUUAACCAGAGGCACGAUGAAUCAAGGAGCCCUAAGUUGUGUAUUAACCGUAUAUUAAUAAGUCCAAAAGGUUGAAAUUAAUUUUGGUUACCCCCUUAACCCGUGGGCUUCAGCUAUAGGAAAGCCGAGAAGUGGCCGAGAAACGACAAGAUUACACUGCAUUUUGAGACUAAGAAAAGAACAUGGAACGUACAUGAGAGUACUCCUCUCAUAAUCAUAAAGCCGUUAAAAAUAUUUACUUUCACUCAAACUGCAUUUUUUGGGGGGUUGUGUUUGUUACAAAAUAAACAGUCGUGACGCGUGGCAUCUAGCUGAAAGUCACUUGUUGUCUACUAUACAGAAUUUGACAAGUGAUUACUGUGUGGAUUGCUAAUUCAGUAUGCCAUGACCUUACAGCACCACCUACGACAAAAAAGCCCGCCUCAAGAUCACUCACCCACCACAAUGACCUCGGGCAUUCAUGGUGGGUUGCGCUCUGCCACCACAGCCUACAAUUAGCUCGAAUUAGGUGUUUUAUGGCGAGCCCUUUUUAGGGUCCACCGUACCACAGCCACGACUCGUGAAAGCCCUGAAAAGGGUCUGUUGACGUUCUCGGGUUAAUGUAUGAUUGUUUAUCAUAAUAUGAAUGAAUCACUGUUUAUACCACAUAUGGUGUUUUGUGAAGCAAGUGGUGAGAAAAGAUUGCACAAGGUCUGACACAGGCUUUUUGGGUAACCAAAGCAGCGUCGCCAAAAUCUGCAUGAUAAAAAAACAAGUGUAUGCCAGCAGUUUUAGGAAGGGCUAACAUUAACAUUCAUUUUGGACACAAUUUCUCUCUUAAAACAUUUAAUCAAUUAAGACAGAGCAAUGUAACCAUUGUGGUGUAUUUAUAUUAAGGUAAUGGACACACAAGUAUGUACAUUAAUGUCGACACCUUCAAAUCAGUUAAAAUACUGUACACUCGCAGGUACCCAAAUAUCCUUCUCAUGCUGAUAUUGUGGAAGUGUGAUGUCUUGCACUAAUGAAUGUAUAUAAACACAUUCUGUUUUAGGUUUUCUUCCAUCAUUGUUAUUAUGGGGGGCACUUUCAUUGUUGCUUAAUUUAUCUUCAUGAAUUACACCCUAAAUAUGAAUCAGUGUAAAGAUACUGAUACAAAGGUCUGCAGUUUUUGUUAAUACAAAGGUGGCCUUUGGCAGAAGGGAGAUGCCCAAAGAAUUUCCUAUGAUUGUUCCACUAAUUCUGACAAUCCUAAUAGGAAAAGUGACCACACCCGAACACAACCCGAAGACAGUUGAUUUUCCUUUGUAAUAUGGCCAUGUAAUGACAUCAAUAUGAAAUUAUGGAUUGUUUAAUUUCAAUGUGAUGCAAUCUGGAAAGAUUUGAUAUAAGUUGCUAUGCUCUUUAUCAUAGCAAUUACAGACAGAAACGUAAUUGACAUCUACUAUAAACCAGUGUUGUCCAAAGUGGGGUAUCUAGCAUUAUUCAUUUACAUAAAAAGGUCCUGAUCAAAUAGAAAAUAUUUUUUCAUGUUAUCAUCUGCAAGUUUGCUGGAUGUAAAUAGCUGUAUACUAAAGGUAAAGGUGGGAGCAUACAUCAUAGCUACUCAAGGCCUUGGUGUUCAUCAAUGCCCCAUUGGCCCUUGAGCCUGUGGUGAGUGAGAACCCAUUACCUAGGGACAAAGGGCAAGUGCAACAUCUGAGUUACCACUGUUUAACUUCCCCGGGUACCCAUUUAUUGACCAGCCUGAAAGAGAGGAUUAACAGCUGGAUGGGCUGCAUGAUGACUGCCCAAGCUGGGAUUUGAACCGUGGUAUGCUAACCACUAAACCACAGAGGCUGUACAUUUAUUUUGGGGAACACUGUAAGAAGUCCAAAAGUUAAAUUCAAGUUAGACUUUGGAGUUGUCUAAAAUGAGGACUCUGAACCAAGGUAAGAGAGCUUUGGAACAGCAUACACUUUUUAGAUCAACCUGUCUUUGCAAGGUCUUUCUCUCAGUAAUAGGUGUUUCAUCAAAACAGAGAAAGUAAAAAAACAGCCUACUGUAACAGCAAUUGUCACUACCUUCUCAAGUGGCAAAGAUAAUUAAUGAACAACUAAUUUUACAUUUGACCGAGUCUAAAGAAAACUUAAAACAUUUUGUUUUGAAUAAUUUAUCUGGCAUUGAAACUGUGAUGUUAUCAGAUAUAUUCUGUUUAAUAGAUGAAAGGAGUGUAAAAUAAGUUGCAAAAGGGUACAACAGGGAAAAAAAGUUGGACAACACUGCUAUAAACUGGUUAUGUAAAGGAGGGUGAGUGUAACCAUGAUCACAGCAGAUGAGCCGAGUAGUGGUGACUGUAACUGGGAAGUGUAGUGUGCAAAAGUGGUGUAGAAUGAAGAGACUCACGCCCUUUAGUUAUAUAUGUUCCUGGCAUUAUUUUGACUUUGUUAUUAUGAAUGUUGUUACUACUGUUAUUAUGAAUGUUGUUAUAAUGUAGUAGUUGCAAUUUAUGAAGCUGAUGUAACAAGUCUGUAAACAAUAUACUUUUUAUAAAAUUCUAUAAAUAUUGUAACCAUUCCA